AUGGUUGUACUUGUGGUAACUGGUGUAGAUAAUUUAAUUGAUGGUGUAGUAGUAGCGGUGGUGGUAGUGGAAUUAAUAGAAGGAAUGCUUGGUUUAGUGGUUGAAGGAAUAGAAAAUCUUGUUGCAGAUGUUGAAGGUGUUGAAGGUGUUGUAAGAGGUUUUGUGGUUGCUGAAAAUGAAGGAAAUAAUGAGGUCGGUGUUGUUGAUGCUGUUUUAGGCGUUUCUGUUGUAUCUUUUGAAAUAUUCAAACAAACAACAAAAACUGCUACUGAUCAAAUACCUGCAUGGUUAAAAAACAACAAUAUAGAAGGAAUCAUUGAUAAAUGGACAAAAGAUCUCGACAAUUGCACCAAAAAAUUUAAUGGUCAAGUAAAAGAAGUUCAUCAAUUAGACCAAAGAGUAAUGCUGCUUAAUGAUAAAAUUAACGAGGCUAAAAUUAUACAGAAUGAAAUUAAUGCGUUUUUAGAUGAAACAGAUAAUAAGCAAAAGGUUUUAGAAAAGGUUUUAGAUGAUUUUGAAAAACUUUUUGAUGAAUCUAUUUGGGAAAAUAUGAAUCCAUUUGAUAAAGAGAGAGAAGAAACGUAUAAAAUAACUGAAUAUGUAAAUCAAAAUUUAGAUAUUAUGAGUCAAGACUUGUUUACAUUAAUUAAUGAAAUCAACACAAAUCAAUCAUCAUCAUCUACUAAAGUUGGGAAGAUACUCAACUCACAUUUAAUAUCACUACAGUGGAUUGAUUCAUCAGCUAAUCAACUUUCUUCACUUAUUCAAGAAGCACAAAGUUAUUUUGAGAAAACUGUAUAG